AUGACGCGAAGGCAAGCUGCGGCUGCCGCCGGUAAUGUUGACGACCGGAAGGGUUUCGCCGGCAGCAGCGAGGGCAGCAGCAGUUGUGCGGCUGUCGCAAGCCUGGGAGCUUCUGACGGUUACGAUUUCGCUGCUGCUGACCCCGCGCGGCGAGAUGGUGGCGAGAGUAACCAUGAACCUCCCAGUUCGUGGCUGGACAGGAAGCUUUUAGAGAGAAACGACCGGGAUGAUUCCGAAGUGGACAAUUUAGUGGGUUCUGACGGAGUUGGUCGUAAGAGGAAGAAAAGCUGGCGCGUGUGUUGGAUCUGGGCGGUGAUGAGCGUGGGCUUGCUGGCGAUGAUCUUCACGAUCGUGUGGACGCAAGCGUCGAGCGAGCAGCAGGCGGAGCGCGAGGGGCAGUGCGGCGAGUGGGCAGCGUUCAUCGAGUCGCACUUCAACUCCACGCAGGCCAACACGCGCGCGCUCGCCGAGUUCGUCCACGCCUACUACAUCGACGGGCGCGAGAGCUUCUUCCGCCCGUCCAAGUUCCUCAAGUUCAGCUCCUCCGCACUGCACGCCCGCCCCGUGGCAGCAUUUGUGGGUUAUGCUCUCCGAGUCAACAGCUCAGCCCUGCGCAGCCACGUGGAGCAGCGACUGCAGGGCUGCCUCAUCGCAGUGAGCGCGGAGUUCUCCUGCCGCCCGCCUGGCCUGCCGCUGUACGUGCCGCUGCUGCUGGGCACCAGCAGCAACGAGGGGAGCAGCAUGCGCCGCCUUCCCCGCAACCGCACUGCUGCCGGCGCUGACCUGCUCUCCGACCCCACGCUAGCAGCCAUGAUCCGGGCGGCAGACACGGGGCGCAGCGGCGCCAUGUCCGCCCCCAUGGCAUCCCCAGCAUCGCCCUUCCACAUGGUGGCGCAGGCCUUCCCCGUGUACGACACUCAUGACCACGGCCACGUGUUCGUUCACAGCUUUGAGCCCGACUCGCUCGACGCACUCACCAAACCGCACGGCUUUUUCAUCGCAGCUUACUCCUUCCACACACUCCGCCUCGCCCCCAACUUCGACCAGCUUAAAGCCCUCCCUCUUCGCACAUACCUCAUAGACGUGACCAAUGAGAGCAGCCCAGCUGUGCUGUUUGGGCCGGAAGGGACGGAGGGGAUGACGGGGAAGCAGGCAGGAGUGUGGGCGGCGGUGGCGCAUAAGAGACGAGUGGUGCAGUACCAAGGGCGCGUUCAGUACCCCAUGUGGUUCGGCGACCCGUCACGGAACUUUGUGCUUGUUUGCGAGCCGGAAGCCAACGCGAAGCCGAGCCCGCCGUUCGUGUGGAUGGUAGUUUCAUUCAUCAUCCUGGCGAUCUCAGUGCUCGUGCUCUGGAUGUCCGUGCACCUCAUGGCCAAGCUUGAAACCGACACGCUGCGAGUGGAAUCAGCACAAGCGCAGCUCGCGACGGCCAAGGUGGCGGCAGAGGCGGCGAGUCGAGCUAAGAGCGACUUCCUCACCACCAUGAGCCAUGAGAUUCGUACUCCCAUGAAUGGCGUGAUAGGCAUGCUGAACCUGCUGAUGGAGACCCCUCUGGACGGCACGCAGCAGGACUACGCGGAGACGGCGUGCAGCAGCGGGCGGGCGCUGUGUGCGCUGAUCAACGACAUUCUCGACCUCUCCAAGAUCGAGGCCGAGAAGCUCCGCCUCGAGCGCAUCCCCUUGAAUCUGAGAGCCGAGCUCGACGACGUGCUUGCACUGUUUGUGGAGAGCGCGGAGGAGAAGCGAUCGGUGGAGCUGGCAGCCUUCGUGGCUGAUGAUGUGCCGGAGACUCUCGUCGGGGAUCCGCUGCGCAUACGGCAGAUCCUCAUGAACCUCAUCAGCAACGCGUUCAAGUUCACGAGCACGGGGCACAUCUUCCUCGUCAUCCGCCUCGCUCUGCCCGACGAUACCGCGGUGCGGCUGCUGGUGGCGGUGGAGGAUACAGGAGAGGGCAUCCCCAUGGCGGCUCAGAGGGGCAUGUUUCGCCCGUACUCCCAGGCGCACGCCAGCACCACCCGCCUGCAUGGGGGGACGGGCAUCGGCCUCUCCAUCUCCAUCCCUCUGCUGUUCCCUGGCAGCCAUCCCUCUGCUGUUCCCUGGCAGCCAUCCCUCUGCUGUUCCCAUCGCAUCCCGCACGCAACGCCUGCACAGGCCAACACGCAUCCCUCUCCCUCUGCUACGCCCAUUACGCUAGCCCUGAAGGAACGAGCUUAUGUCCACCUCUCUGUGUUGUCCGACCCUGUUCUUCCCUCUUUCCCCUCCCCCUUACAGCGUCUCGUGUUGCUCAUGGGAGGCAGCAUUGCCUUCAGCAGCGAGCCAGGCGUCAGCAGCACCUUCCCCUUGUACAUCAACUCUCGCACCUCCUAUCUUGCUUCAUGUCUCUGGGCUUCCCUUCCUCUUCCCGUGUGGCAUGCCUCAUCUGUUCUGCAGCGUCUCGUGUCGCUCAUGGGAGGCAGCAUCGCCUUCACCAGCGAGCCAGGCGAGCACCAGCAGCAGCCGCAGCAGCAGCAGCAGCAGCAGCAGCAGCAGGAGGAGGAGGAGGAGGAGGAGGAGGAGGAGGAGGAGGAGGAGGAGGAGGAGGAGGAGGAGGAGGAGGAGGAGGAGGAGGAGGAGGAGGAGGAGGAGGAGGAGGAGGAGGAGGAGGAGGAGGAGGAGGAGGAGGAGGAGGAGGAGGAGGAGGAGGAGGAGGAGGAGGAGGAGGAGGAGGAGGAGGAGGAGGAGGAGGAGCGAGUGGCGGAGACGUCAGCAGACUCUAUGUCCAUCUCUCUCAUCCCCCUCCUCCCCACGUCCACUAAGACCAGGAGCCAGCCUCUUGAGGCGCCUCAAAAGAAGACCAGGAGUCAGUCGCUCAUCCCCCUCCUCCCUGACUCCAAGAAGACCAGGAGUCAGCCUCUCCUCCGCUUUGCACCGCACCACUGGCGCCAUCGCUCCUCCACCGCUGCUCUCGACCCCCCAACUGCUCACCACUGCACAGCCACUCACCCUCCCAGUCUGAUUCCUUCUCUUUUAGCCGCCCAACCUCCUGCUUCCUCCUCUCUACCCCCUGCUCCCACUGCCACAUCUGCUCUGGCCCCUUCUCCUUCUGUCCCUCCUGCCCCUACUGCCCCUACUGCUUCUGCUGCUGCAAUGCCUUCUGCUGCUGGCCCUUCACCUACUGCAGCCAGCAGCAGCAGCAUGCCGCCCAGGCUGGCGUCUCUCCCACACUCCAUCUCUGCUUCUGCCGCCUCUGCACCGCCCAGCGCUGCCACCACAGCCCUGCGUGCUGCUGCGCGUGCAAGCGGGGCCUGUCCAUCCUCCUCUCCCGACCUUUCUUCCAACCCCGCGCGCCGUUCCAAGCAUCUACCACCCUCCUCCUCCUUAGCACGCACCUCCUCACUCUCAACAAAGAAAGAGCGUCUACACGCAUCCACCUCCUUUUCCCCCUCCUUGUCCCGCACCCCGUCCCUCUCCCACAACGACCUCCCAAGCCUCAGAAAGGCGUUUCAGAAGCAAGCAGAGAGGGCCUAUGCAGAGGGUGCGUGUAGCCCCACCCUCUCCCUCGACCCUCCCUUCAACCCUUCUCUCUCCCUAGAUCCUCUUGAGUCGACUCAAAAGGCACUGUCCCUCGACCCCCCCUCUGGCCCUUUGAUCUGUACCUUUGAUCGACUUCCACAACCUUCUCUGGUCACCCAGUCCCUUCCGUCCUACCCUCCUAGGGUCCCGUCCCUCUCAUCGACCCACGCCCCGUCUGUCUCCCUCACUCCUGCUUCCAGCCCGCACAUUUCUAGCCCCACUGGCCCGGGGUCAGCGGCUUCGAAGCAUGCGAGAGCAUCGUCAGUUAGCGCGGUGGGGCCACCGCGCCUCUCACCCCUUGGUGAAUGUGUCCCUGGCAGGAUGGGAUGCAGCCUGCAUGGGGCCUGCAACUUUGGAUGUGCGGCAAGGGAUGGGGUGGUGGUGGAGGGGUGGCAGUCAACUCAGUCAACACAGUCGAUGCGGUCAAUACUUUCAAUGCAGUCAAGGCAGUCAACACGGUCGAGUUUGAUGCGCACCGCGAGUGGCAAGGUGGUGAGUGUGAGCAUGGAAGGGCCGAGGAUCGAGUCGAAAGCGUCGCUGCUGCUGCAGUGCUUGGCUGAGGCUCAGGUGAAGCAACAACAGCAGCAGCAGAGAGGGGAGGAGGAGGAAGAGGAGGAGGAGCCGCAGCGGGGGAUGCAGGCGGAGCAGCAAAAGCAGGAGCAGCAGCAAGAAGAGCAGCAGCAGCAACAGCAGAAACACGAGCAGCAAGAGCAGCAGCCGCAGCGUGUGGUGCCGAGGAGUCGGGUGGUGGCGGUGGUGGUGGAGGAGGAGAUGAUGAAUCGCUGCCGCCUGCAUGUGGACCAGCUGCUUGCCCUCGUGUCCCCCCACCUCUCUCCCCUGGAGCAGCAGCAGCGGCAGCAGCAGAUGGUGCAGGAGGAAGAGGAGGAAGAGGAGGCCAAGAAGAAGGAGGAGGAGCAGCAGCAGCAGCAGACAGGGCAGAGGCAGGGGAGGAAUCGUGAGCGUCCGGCACUGGUGCUGCUACAUGGGUGGGUGUCCCUUGCUCCAGACCUCGUUCAACCGUCUGUUGCUCCGGAAACCAGUACAAAAGGCAACCCUGGAAGCACCGCCGACAACACCAAUAUCAAUGGUUCCGAUAACAGGAACAGCAACCACAACCACAGCACCCCUGCUUGCAGCCGAACCGCCAGCAGCAGCAGCGAGGCGCAUGUGGUGUCCAGAUUCGGUGCACCUGCCACUCCAGGAGCGUCGGCCUCACCGGUUACCACCGUGCCGUACCUCCUCUCUCUCGGGUUCGAUGCUGUGGUUCGGAAGCCGCUUCGGAGGAACACGCUUGCCGCUGCCCUGCUGCCCCUCUUCUUACCGCAAUCCCAAAAGUCUGCGUUGUCACACUCGCCUCAUGUGAGCAGCCGCCACGUAGAUACUACCGAGCCGGUGAGACGCUGUGAUUCUGAUGCUGACCAGGCUAGAGGAGGUCUUGAAAUGCUCUCAGGUUACACCAGUGAGCCUGGGAAGCUGGCCCCAGCAGCAGCGGCACGGGAGCCGGCAACGGUGGCGGAGGGGCUGAGCGUGCUGGUGGGUCGGCGGGUGAUGGUGGUGGAUGACAACCUCAUCAACCGCAAGGUGGCCAGCAAGCUGCUGGAGAGGCACGGCGCGCGAGUCACUGCCGUGGAUGGCGGCACCAAGGCGCUUCAAGCCCUUGCUCCGCCCCACCCCUAUCAGCUUGUCUUCAUGGACCUGCAGGUGAGCCUAGGAGGCGAGGGAGAGAUGUGUGGGAGGGUAGCAGAUGGUGGGAGGGUGGGAGAUGUGUGGGAGGGUAGCAGAUG